AUGUGUCCUGACUUACAAACAUGUAAAAAGAAAUAUGAUGAUAGAAUUAAGGAGGAGGAUGCACAAAAGGUAUCUUUAGCAAGUACCAGUUUUAAUUAUCCAGAUGAAGUGUAUCUUCAAACUUUAUUAGUGAAUAUCGAAUCUAAUAAAAGGCAGAAAACGGUAAGGGCACUUAUUGACACUGGAUCACAGCGUUCAUACAUAUUAAAAGGAACGGCUGAAGAAAUUGGGUGCCAUUCAAAUGGAACAGAAACUUUGAUUCAUGCUCUUUUUGGAGGAGCCACAACAAAGAGAGAAACCCACAAACGUUAUGAAGUGUCUCUUAGUAGCCUAUAUGGCAAUUAUUCUAGAAGAUUAAACCUUUUGGAACAAUUAAAGAUUUGUGGACCAGUGACCAGUUUGCAGCCUGGACCAUGGAUAGAAGAAAUGAAACAAAAAGGUAUCACUAUCUCUGAUGUUGGAAGAAAAGAUUUGAAAAUAGAAAUCCUUAUUGGAGCAGACGUCGCAGGUGCAUUGUUAACGGGAAAAGUUCACAAAUUAGAAAACGGAUUGGUUGCUGUUGAAUCUUUGCUCGGAUGGACAGUUAUGGGUAGAAUAAAUUAUUACACUUCAGAAAGUAAUGUGUCUAUGCCCUCCCUGAUAACGUCCAUGUUGGUUCACAGUAGCGACAUAGAAAACUUGUGGAAACUAGAGGCAUUGGGAAUUACAGAUUCCAAAGAAAAUAGAAGUGAUAUCGAAUUACAAGAAGCAGUAUGGUAUCAUUUUCACAAGACCCUAAAAAGAUCAGAGGAUAGAUAUGAAAUAUCUUUACCUUGGAUCAAUGAGAAAGACAAAUUACCCAGUAACAGAGAAGUAGCGAAAAAAAGACUAAUUUCCACGACAAAGAAACUCAUGUUGAAAGAUAAAACAGAAGCUUACAAUGCAGUGUUCGAAGAAUGGGUUAAAUCUGGAAUAAUCGAAGAAGUACCAGAAGAGGAGAAAAGUGUGCACAGCCAUUACCUUCCACACAGGCCGAUAUUCAAAGAGAACUCUACAACAUCCAUAAGACCAGUUUUUGACGCUCCGUGUAAGCAGAAGGAGUUUCUUUCCCUUAACGACUGUCUCGCAAAAGGUGAAAACUUAAUUGAAUUAAUACCAAGAUUGCUUCUUGAUUUCAGACGAGGAAAAAUAGGAGUUAUUUCAGAUAUCAAAAAAGCUUUUCUUCAGAUAUCUAUUCAAAAAAAUGAUCGUGAUUUUCUGAGAUUCCUGUGGUGGAAAGACUCUGAACAAAAGGAAAUAAGAGAAUUUCGACACUGCAGAGUAGUUUUUGGAUUAAAAUGCAGCCCAUUUUUAUUAGGUGCAGUGAUUAAUUCUCAUUUGGAUCAGAUUGAUAUUUCUCUAAAAGACACAGCUUCAAAAUUGAAAUCUUCAUUUUAUGUUGAUAACUGUGUCACCUCAGUCAAUUCGAAUGAAGAAGCAGAAGAUUUUAUUACAAAGUCAACUCGAUUGAUGGCAAGUGGUAACUUCGACUUGAGAGGGUGGGAGCAGACAGAGAAGAGCAAUGUGAAAUCGACAAUAAGUGAACCACUAAAAGUUCUUGGUCUUAUGUGGGAUAAGUUUGAAGAUUCACUGUUUUGUGACAUACCUAAUAUCGACUUAGAUGACAUCAUAGUGACAAGACGAAACGUGUUAUCAAUUGCACAGAGAAUCUUCGACCCAAUCGGUUUUAGCUGCCCUUUCACGCUUCGACCAAAGAUAUACUUGCAAAAUAGUUGGGAAACUAAAUUAAGCUGGGAUGCAGAGCUGCCUGAGGAAAUCAAAAGAAAAUUCUUGAAAUGGGUUAAGGAAUUGCCCUUGUUAGCAUCAGUAAAGAUUCCUAGGCAAGUUACUCAGACCGAUGGGCAGUCUUUUAGCCUCCGCACAUUUUCCGAUGCUUCACAGGGAUCUUAUGCGAGUGUAGUAUUUUUAAGAAGCCAAAAAUCAGAUGAAGUCAAAGUGACAUUAUUGCAAGCUAAAGCCAGAGUUGCUCCGUUGAAGAAAAUAAAUAUACCAAGACUUGAAUUGCUUGCUUGUCUUAUUGGAGCGAGAUUGGCUCCAUUCAUUAAGAAGAACCUCAAGAUUGUAAUUUCAAAAGAGUAUUACUGGACCGACUCUUCAACAGCACUCUUCUGGAUAAAGAAUGUAGAAGCUUGGGGAACGUUUGUGAAUAAUAGAGUUUCAGAAAUUAGGAACCUGACAGACUUUAGAAAUUGGCACCAUAUACCUGGUAUACAAAAUCCUGCCGACAUGCCAUCAAGAGGAUGCUCAAUGAAGAAACUUAUUGAAUCCAGAUGGUGGGAGGGACCUCAUUGGCUGGCAUUGUCGGAAGAAGAAUGGCCUCAUUCUGCGCCAAUCGAUGACAAAUUGGAGGCCAACAAAGAAAAACGUAGAGACGUAAUGACGUCAUUAAACCAUGUUGAUGAUUUUUCUUCACGAGUCUUCAACUACUUUUCAAAAUACACGAAAAUACUAAGAAUGAUGGGUUGGAUACACAGAUUUAUAGGAAAUUGCCAGAAGACAAAAGUAGAAAGAGAAGACGGCGAGUUAAAGGUUAAUGAGCUAAAAAUGGCAGAGAAAUCUAUCGUAAAGAUUAUUCAACAUGAUUCAUUUUCUUCAGAAGACAUAAAGAAGCUGAAGUCACUUAGUGUGUUCAAAGAUAAGGAAGACAUUUUACGUGUUAAGACCAGAUUAACUGAAAGAAAGGACCAUCACAAUUUUAUUUUCCCCAUGUUGCUUCCGAAGAAGCAUGCAGUUGUGGAGAAGUUGAUACUUCAUAAACAUCUAUCUUUGUCUCAUGCUGGGAUACAUAUAUUAAUCUCCAAACUUCGAGAAAACUUUUGGAUUAUCAAAAGCAGAUCAACUAUCCGAGGAGCUUUAUCUCGAUGUGUUAGAUGCAGAAGGCAUGAAUCUAAAGGACUGCAGACGGUGCCAACUACUCUGCCCGAAAAUAGAGUUAGAGAUGCUAAGAUUUUCGAAAUUGUGGGAGUAGAUUUAGCCGGCCCACUAGUUUUGAAGAACAAGAGUAAAGCCUGGAUCAUACUUUUCACCUGUGCUGUUUUCAGAGCGGUUCAUUUGGAACUGAUUUUGACCCUCUCUACUCAGGGAUUUUUACUUGGAUUUAGAAGAUUUAUUGCGCGUAGAGGGCGGCCAUCGAUAAUUUACAGCGACAAUGGUAGUAAUUUUGUCGGAUCCAACAAUCUCUUUGAGUCAAUUGAUUGGAAUAUUGUUGGAAGGGAAGCUGCCAUACUUAAGAUAGACUGGAAGUUUAGUCCACCAGCAACACCAUGGUGGGGCGGUUUUUGGGAACGACUUGUGCAAAUGAUUAAGAAACUUUUACGUCGUACCUUGGGCCAAGCGUCUUUAAACUACGAAGAGUUAAUGAGUGUAUUGUGCGACUGCGAAUCAACUGUGAAUUCCAGACCCCUUACAUAUGUGACAGAGGACUCGGACGAUCUCAUUCCUUUGACACCGUCCUUGUUUUUAGGUGAAAUUCCAGAGUUUGGUGUACCUGAUUUGGAUCACCUAGAUCAAAUUGAUUUCAACAAGAGACUUAGACAUCUUCAAAAUGUGCGAGAACUUCUGAGAAGAAGAUUUAGGUUGGAAUAUCUCAGCUUAUUGGUUCAACGUCCAUCAACAAUGUUAAUUUCUAGACAGAUAAAAAUUGGGGAUAUAGUUCUCGUCGAGUGUGACAACAAGCGCAAAGUGCUAUGGCCUCUAGCCAAAGUGACUGAGAUAUAUCCAGGAAACGACGGCAAUGAGAAAGGGAAACAGUUUGUUUCUGCAAAUCUCAACAGCCACAACCUUACCUUCUUAGAUGUGGAUGUGGACGACGAACUACUCAAAUUUUCUCCCUACAAAGCUCAAUUCUCUCCCUACUACUACUCCCUCCUUAUAAGAAUGGAUUAG